AGUGAGCUAGUACGGUAGUAGGUUGUACGGUAGUAGUGUGUCGUUUGACAGCUAGCCAGUAGUGCACCGUCGCGGCAGUGAGAAGUGAGAAUAAUAGUGUGUUGACUGUUGGUUGAGCAAGUGUCUAUAUAAGACUAGUAUUUUGUUUGAAUUGUUUCGUAAGGCGUUUUGAUUCCUUCGAUGUGAUGAAUGUUAUUAGUCAGAAUGUAACCUUUGCUAUCAACAAGGUCAACAUAACCGAAAUCAAAACGCAAGUCUGAUAACAAUUAUUAUUCUUUGCACAUCACCACACUAUUUUGUAAUGAAGUGUCGGAUUGUCUGAUUUUUAAAUUGUGAUUUGAAUCUAGUUAUCGGAUCAGGAUGCUGAAGUUUCUGUCUAGAGAUUCCAUCCACGGAUUUAGUGUGUAUUCCUCUCUUGUGAGGGAUGCCACCAAAAAAGCACUAUUGAAAUACAAGGUAGAGGCGAGACAUGCACACGCGCAGGCCAAGACGAGCCUGUACGACUUCCACAAGGAGCUGGGCGGUAAAUUUGUGAACUUUGGUGGCUACGAGCUGCCAGUGCAGUAUGCAGCUGAGGGCAUCGCCGCCUCCCACUUGCACACGCGCGCCUCCUGCUCCAUAUUCGACGUGUCGCACAUGCUGCAGACGGAGGUGAGGGGCAGCGACCGCAUCGCCUACUUCGAGAGUCUCUGCACCGCCGAUGUCCAAGGUCUCCCAGAAAAUGGAGCAUCUCUUAGCUUAUUCAUAGACGAUUCUACAGGAGGAAUUCUGGAUGAUUUGAUUGUUACCAAAGCUGCGAGUCAUUUAUUUAUUGUAUCCAAUGCAGGCAGAAGAGACCAUGAUUCACAGCUGAUGAUCCGAACACAGGACGAAUUCAGAAAGCAAGGAAAAGAUGUAACAGUACGCUUUCUGAGUCCGGAAAAACAAUCUCUCCUCGCAAUUCAGGGUCCGCGUACAGCUGAAAUUCUGCAGCCUUUCACCGACAUUGAUUUGGAAAAACUUUAUUUCAUGAAAAGUGAAAUUGGUACUGUCUGUGGAAUCGAGGAUUGCAGAGUCUCUAGGUGCGGAUACACUGGUGAGGAUGGUGUGGAAAUAUCUGUCAAAUCAGAAAGAGCUCCAUUUAUUGUAUCAAAACUCCUGAAGAAGUACCCCGAAGUUGUCAAAAUGGCUGGAUUAGGAGCUCGAGAUACUUUGAGGAUUGAAGCUGGUUUAUGCUUGUAUGGCAACGAUAUUGAUGAAACUGUAACUCCAGCUCAAGCUGGCCUCGGAUUCACUGUUGCUAAGAGGAGAAGACAAAUGAAGGACUUCAAUGGAGCUCCAAUCAUCCUGUCUGAACUGGAAUGGGGACCUUACAAGAAGCGAGUUGGCCUGAAAAGUUUGGGCAAGGGAAGCGAGCCAGCAGCGAGGAAAGGCGCCGAAAUCUUUGUGGACAAUCAAAUGGUAGGCAGCAUCACUAGUGGCUGUCCGUCGCCCAGUCUCGGCUACAACAUUGCCAUGGGAUAUGUCAAGAAAGACUUCGUCAAGCCCGGCACUCAAGUUCAAGUGCAAAUCAGAGACAAAAAGUACGACAUGGAAGUGUGCAAAGUACCGUUCCUACCAACCAAAUAUUAUAUUCAAAAGAAAAACAAAAAUUAAAAAUAAUUUAUAAAAGUUGAUGAUCCAUCAUUUUAAUUCAUUGCUGUGGUAGACUAUUCAGAAAAAACGAUCGAUUGUACGCGAAUUAGAAGAUUCAGUCUCCGUGAGAAGGAAGUGAGUAAUUCAACGCAGCUUGAUGAUUUGGUCGCAUUGGUUGCGUAAAAAAUUCUGUCAACAUGAAGGAAUUGAUAUAUUGUUUUUGCAACAGGCCCUUUCACAAUAUCGUUUCCUUAUAACUGAUAGAUUUUAGGCAGUCACACGAAAUCCUUCAAACUAUCACUUUCCAGUAGUAUCCAGUGUCUACUCUAUCGUAGCAAACAAUCUCUCUCUAGUUCAAUGAUUCUGCAAAGAAAAAAUGGAUUAGCAAUACAGCCCUACUUCCAUUUGCUUUUAUUAAAGGAAGUAUAAUAGAAUCACUAGGUACCUUUACUGAGUUUCUAAACUUUCAGCUACAGCAGUUGUGAAUUAUUAAAUAGAAUUGAAUAAUUUUUUAAUCCCCGAAAUUCGCUGGAUAUUAAAAACAUUUUUCAAUGUGAUAGAUCACAGAGUAGCGCUUUUAUGUAAGGUUCUCCAUAUGUACGUUGCUUUUUGACAGGGGAAAUAAUUGAUUAAGCCCAGUCUUCCUAAAUAUGGAAUUUCAAGUUUCUGUAGUGGUGAAAUAAAUCUUCAAAAUAUUCUAUUCUGAGUUGGAAAUUACAUUUCAUGUCAUCUACAUGAUGGCAUAGCACUUUAAAAGUUGAAAAUCCAAACUAAUAUUAAUUCUACAAUACCACCUCAUUUUGCAUAUGAUGAAUCAUCAAUGAAAGUUUGUGAAAACAGACUGCAUGGGCUCAGGGAAGCGGCUCAUAACCGCUUAACAACUUAUAACACUGCAAAGGAAUAAAACAUAAGAAGAAAUCACAGAGUUUAACAAAUUGAAUUAUUUAUUUCUUUGAUACAUAAAUAUAAAAUUUUAAAAUCCUAGAUGUCUACACAAAUGAUAUAAAUAUGAUCAACAAUAUACGAUAUAUAUAUAUCUUUCAUGGCACAUGAUGUGGAGCAUUAGUCUCUGAUAAAAUUUAUGAUGGAAUAAUUCAUCUUAUGAUGAGUAAGCUCAUUAGCUUCAUGAUUUCAAUUA